AUGGUAGUCUCCAUAGAGGUGAUUGAAUGCUUCAGAAGAUUGGCAAAGACCAUGAGACAGAGUGAGGAGGAAGAUGAUGUGCAGACGAGGGUAAUUGUAAGUCCAAAAGCCUCCGACUCGGUCAGAGUCGAAACCGAUGAAGAAGAUGCAAUACUGGAGGGCGAUCACCAGAAGGAAGAGGGAGCAAAAGUCGAGAGACAGCUCCCAGUACUGCCUAAGUUAUGUGGAGCCGCCAGGAAACGCAUGGUCUGGUUUCGAAAAAAAGGGUACUCCCAAGAAGAAGCCAGGGAAUUGGCCUUAAAACCAAUUCCAGAAGAAAGAAAUACAAAAUUAAACAAACAAAAGGAGGGAAAGAAACCGAAAAGACCUCACUCUGAUGGAUCCACUCCGGAGGCCCAUCAGAGGAAGAAAACAAAGAACGAAGGAAAUCAAGGGGAACACAAGGAGCAAUCUGGACAACCCCAGAAACCUUCCUACAAACAAGCGGUAGCUGGUAUAAGGGUGGGGGUUUUGCACUUCAAUUUUCCUGAGACCCUACUCACAACGGAACAGAUGGAGAAGAUCCAGAGCUUCAUCCUGGAAGCUAUCGUGGAAGAACAGGAGGGUCCCUACUCUCCAAGAUUCUACGGUAUCAACAGGAGACAAGGGAUUCUAAUCUUCACCUGCGAAAACACCGAAUCAGCUGAAUGGCUUAAAGGAAAGCAAGACUCCCUCAAGCCUUGGGAAGAGGCCAGUCUAAGGAUUGUACCAGAGGAAGAAAUCCCUCGUGCGAGAAUUGCGACUGUCUAUCUUCCUGAUAGUACACACGAUACUACCGACAAGAUAAUGAAGCUCCUAAAAGGACAAAACAAAGAGCUAUCUGUCGGAGAAUGGAACGUUCUGCGGAGAAGCGACGAGGGGAAGUCUGUCCUACUCACCCUGGCAGUCGACUGCGCUACAGCGAACAAGCUUGAGAAGGAAGGUCCAUGGAUCGGCUACAAGUUUGGAAAAGUUCAGCUUAGACUGAAAAAGAAACACCAAGGAAACACAGAACAACCCACAAGGGAAGAGGGGACUUCAGAGAAAUCUGAGACGGUCACCACAGAAAAAAGCACCGCUGAAGAGAUGGAAAAAAAGCAAAGGCAUAUGCUAAAGAGCUUGGCAUCCCCAGCUUUGCAGCAAGCGAAGGCUGGUUGA